CAGAAAGAGAUGUGGACUUACGAUGGAAACACGUGUUCCACGUUGGUGGUGAUCUCAAUCGCUCUUGGCCUGAUUUCCUCUGUACCUGCCCAUGGGCAAGAGGAAGGAACUUACCAGGACGCCAUUGAAGACAGAUUCUCAGAUCUGAACCCGAACCUGGUGGAAUCCAUGCUCGACCGAUUCCUCUACAACGCUAUGAACAACAACAACGGCAUGAACGGCAUGAGCAAAACUAUGGCGGGAAAUGAAUGGUCAAUGGGCCAAAGGCGUAAAAAAGAGUUAACCCCCAGAGACGAGGUUGGAGGUGUACUUUAUGAGGCCAUGAACGAUUUCCCAGAAGAGGCCUCGCUUCCGUCAGCCUUUCGCUUGAAGAAACGUCAAUCCCAAACGGCCAACCUUCGCGGUCAGAGCAGCUCGUCAAGCUCAGGAGAUUCAAGUGGAGGUCGACUACGGAAAACCCGCAGCGAUGCUUUCCGGUUGAAGCGAGUGAGCGACGCCUUUCGUCUGAAGCGAGGAAGCGACGCUUUCCGCCUAAAGAAACGGGUCGGGCCCAGCGACGCUUUCCGACUCAAGCGAGGCAACGACUCGUUCCGACUCAAACGUCAAAUGGAAUCCGACACACCCCAAGUCUUGAUGGCUCUGAACGAAAUCAUCCCCGAAGACUACGAGGAUGAGCAGCUCUCUUUGUUCAUAGACGAAUUGGCCAAGCGGGAUUAUAACCCAUCUUACCGACUCAAGCGUGAUUUAUCCAAUGCAUAUCGUUUGAGGAAACGCAGUCCUCAUAUGAAGGCUGUCGAGGCUAACGUCAAGAUGACACCCUCAUACCGUCUAUAAAUGGGGCCCUUGGCCAUUUGUCGUCUGUCUGGCCAGAGCUUGGAGGAAACCGAAAGGGUGCCUCAACAUCGUUGACAAAACCGUACAUAUAAGGCACUACAUGUGUACAUACAUACGUACUGUCCACGCCAAGGACAGAAGACAGACAAGCAUGACUCACUUUUUACAUGAAUGAACCACCUACUACGCACGAAGGGGACAAUUUGAGCUCUUUCUUUCAUGGCAAUGAUUGAAGAUCCAGAAGUAGGCCCCGUCGAGGUUGAAGCUCUCCUCCUCCUCCUCCUCAACAUGAUGCUUCUGUAACCGCUUUUCGUACAUUGAUUGAACCAAAUGUAUGUAUGUAGUUGAGUUGUCUUUGUUGCUUCUACAUAUGUUAAUCAUCAACAUACAUUCCCUACAUAAACAUAAUAUAAAUGUGAACCAGCUCAUUGAACGCUUUGUAUCAAGAUGAUGAUGAUAUCGUUGCCUGAUGAUGUUGUGACCGCAAGAUGGAAAAAAACAGUAUCCGAAUGUCAGCCAAUCCCUCUGCGAGAUUCAAUGUAACACCAUGUAAUACCAUCUGUAUCCCGUAGAUAGAUGCUAAAUAACAGAGAUCACUUGAAUCGUUGACCCAAAUCUCUCUUGUUCCAGUUUGAAUCAAAAAACACAUUAUGCCUGCAUAUCAAAAACCACCAAGUUG